AUGGAUUCUGUUUUUCGUACUCCUCAAGUCCACGUUAUUGGCGAAAUCAUAGGUGCAAGUGGCUUUGCUUCAACUAAAGUAUAUGCAAGAGUAACCACAAUAUAGUGGCGUAUGAAUGUUGGUCAUGAUUGAAGGCUCCUAUCAGGAAUUGAUAAUGGUGAAACUUUCUAUGACUGUACCGAAGUAAUUGCCAAUUAGCACGUCGAAGAUAUCUCUGUAUUUGAGCAUCCUUUAGAUUUACAUUAUGCUUGUAAAACGAUUUCUGGCUGGCCAAAAUUUGACGUAGAAGUAUGAACAGUUGAUACACAUGGCCGACAUUCUAUUGCAGGCUAUGGCUGUCUUACACUCCCAAUGUCCCCUGGACAAUAUGAACUCGACGUCCUCUUGUGACGACCAGAAGGCGGAAUAUAUGAAAAACUCACAAGUUUCUUUUUAUCUGCAAACCCUGAGCUUGUACACAAAAACAUGGUAAUCUCAGGCAACGACAGGUUUGGCCUGCAGACAAUAUCAACUGGAAAAGUGAUGCUGAGGGUAGGAGUCAUUGUAAAAGAUUUUAAUUUGCAUGGAGUUUUAAUGUAA